AACUGCGGCGUGCGGGUGGGGAGCGCUGGUCGUCGUGGUUGCUGUGGCGGAAGAUGCUGUCAAUGCGGGUAGUUUGCCUGUGGGGCGCGCUGGGACUGGCGGCCGCCCUGGACCCCAACCAGCACCCAGACCUCGCUGAGAGGCCCACCUGCAGCGGGCAAAACAUCGUGCAGCCCAAGACCCGCGUCACCACCACCGAAAGGCUGCGCGACCUGCGUCAGCUGAUGGCGACGCCGGUCGACGACCUGUACAAGCCCAUUGACGCCUACAUCGUGCCCAUGGAUGACGAACACCAGACGGAGUACAUCGCGCCGCAGGACCAGCUCGUGAAGUUCAUCAGCGGCUUCAGCGGAUCGGCUGCCACCGCUGUCAUCACCGCCGAGAGGGCCGCCCUCUGGACGGACGGGCGCUACUUCCUGCAGGCCGAGGACCAGCUCGACUGCAACUGGUUUCUCAUGAAGGAGGACGCGGGGGCGCCGGAGAUGUCUGCGUGGCUGGCCGCCCAGCUGGGCGCCGGUGGCCGGGUCGGCUCUGACCCCCACAGGAUGUCAGCCCGCACGUGGCUUAACCUCAAGGAGCAGCUGAGUGCUGAUUCCGUGGAGCUGGUCAGCGUGGACGUCAACCUGAUCGCGAACCUGUGGAAGAAGGGGCGGCCGGAGCCGCGCAACGAGCCUUUGACUGUGCACCCGCUGUCGUACGCCGGCGUGUCCUGGCAGGACAAGGUGGCCCAGGUGCGAGCGGCGCUGAAGGCGGCCUCCAGUCGCACGAAGAAGGUGGAGGCGCUGCUGGUGGCGCAGCUGGACGAGAUCGCCUGGCUGCUCAACGUGCGCGGCGACGACAUGCCGCACACGCCAGAGUUUAAGGGCUACGCGGUGGUGGACAUGGACAGCGUGCACCUGUUCGUCGACGACAGUAAACUGACAUCUGAGGUGCGAGCCCACCUGCGGACCGACGACUGCACCGAGUCCGGCGACUGUGUCAUGAUUCGCCCUUACGAGGAGGUCUCCAGCUUCGUGGCAGAGACGGCCCGGGUCAAGUGGACCGGCCUCGUGUGGGUACCCUCCCGCUGGAGCUACGCGGGGGGAGCCAGCUACGCCCUCUACAAGCAGGUGCCGGACGCGCAGAUUCUCUUCAAGCCGUCGCCUAUCAUCCGCAUGAAGGCGAUGAAGAACCCCGUGGAGGUGGCCUCCAUGAAGCAGGCCCACCUGCGCGACAGCACUGCUCUCUGCGACUUCCUCGCCAUGCUGGAGCAGUCGGUGGGCCAGGGCAAGGCGUGGACGGAGCUGUCGGUGGCGAGCAAGCUGAUCGAGUACCGGCAGCAGCAGGACUUGUUCCGUGGGACCAGCUUCACAUCGAUCGUCGGCUUCGGGCCCAAUGGGGCCAUCAUUCAUUACAAGGCUUCCCCCGAGACGGACACCACAGUGGACUCGUCUGACGUUCUGUUGCUCGAUUCCGGGGGUCAGUACCCGGACGGCACCACAGAUGUGACCCGCACCAUGCACUACGGCCAACCCACCGACUUCCAGCGCGAGGCCUACACCCGCGUCCUGAUGGGGGUCAUUGACCUCGGCCGGGUGGUGUUCAAGAAGGGCGCCACCGACAGCCGGCUGGAUAUUUUGGCUCGCCGCCAUUUGUAUGAUGUGGGCCUGGACUACCAGCAUGGCACCGGCCACGGCAUUGGAAUCUUCCUGCAGGUGCAUGAAGCGUCUACUCAGCUGAGGAUAUAUCAGAAAGAGGAGCACAUCAUGGAGGAAGGAAUGUUCUUCUCAAAUGAGCCGGGCUAUUACGAGGCGGGCCAGUUCGGCGUCCGGCUGGAGACCAUCAUGUUCGUGAAGUUCGCCGAGGGACUGGCGCACAACUUCUCCGGCCCGUACUUGGCCUUCGAGCCGGUCACCCUCGUGCCGUUCGAGCGCAAGCUCAUCAAGGAGGAGCUGCUCAACGAGAAACAGCUGGACUGGCUGAACGCCUACCACCAGCGCGUCAGGGAUGAGGUCGGGGAGAUGCUGCGCAAGCAGAAGCGCGCUGCCGGCUACAAGUGGCUGAUGGACAAGACGGAGCCGAUCCGACGACCCCAGGUCAAGGACUGUCCGACGCUGGGUGCGGCCGGGCGCGGCCUGGGCGACGCGUCGACCGCCGCCGCCCUUCUGCUUGCCACGGCUGCCGCCACCGUCGUCUGGAGACUGGCCUGAGGGCAGCCCUCGCGGCGCUGCUGGGGCGUACCGGCGCACAGGCACGGUGGCACAGCUCACGGACAUACAGAUGUGCCACCACCCCGCUGGCACAGCAGCGGAACGCGCCGGCACGGCACACCAACAGCGCAGCGCACCGGCAUGCCGUCACAGCGGCACAGCACAGUGUGCCGGCACAGCAGCGCCGCAUAUCGUCGUACCACAACAGCAGCACAGCUGCUGGAAUACGGUGGCGGUAUGCCGACGUAGAGGACAGAAGCGUGCCCAUGCAAGAGUGCAAUGCCCAGUGCACAACGUGCAGCUUUGUACACCACUCCAGUACGCAUAAACACGACAUCUACCCACGUAACAGGACGCAGUGACUCCCCAGUUUUGUGCUGGCAUGCCGUCCGGAUAUGACGUCAUAUCACGCCAUCCGCCACGCAAUCUUGCAAGCGCGCCUCGCCAACGUGCCGGUUCGCUCCGCCAACGUGCGAGCACGGAGAGCGUGGCGAGCCUGCCGGGCAGCUCUGGAGUUCGGAACGUUCAGAACGUUCAUCGUACAUUGAUGCAGGAGAAGUGGGGCGUGCGCUAUUUUCGUCGCGGUUUCGUUAGAAAAGUAUUGUAUGUGCAUAGUCUGUCUGGGCUGGUAUGUGCGUUUUUGUGGGAAUCUAACUGCAUCUUCAAUAGGAUAUUCAGUAACGUUGGGUUGAAGCGCGUUAUAUAUUGUUCAAUGGCAUUUUACCUGGUUGAGAUCGUCAAAACUUAUUUGCCAUUCGGCAGGCAUCCAUCGAAACGUUAAAUGCGCCAGUAGCAUGUAACAAAUGUGGGCAAAUAAAUGCAAUACCUUUAUGUUGCUACGCCUUGGAAUCCGUGAUGCGAUGGCUAUAGAAAUAGAC